ACAAGCACUCUGACUGUGCAUGUAGAUCAGUAGAAGAUUGCCAUAGCGUAAAUGCCAGGUGGAGUAAUGCAAUGUACAACUGGUAUUUGAUUGAAAACUGCAGAUUUUUAGAUUUUCAGCUACAUUUUAUAUUUUUGUAAACCGGUUCAAUGGGAAUAUUAUCAAGUUUGCAUGUGGGCUCUGUACAAUGCGUUUGAGCAGGGCUGACCACAGUUUAUGUCAUUGUUUCUCCACAAUGGCUCUAUGGCAAGCCAUAUUCUUGCUUGUUUGUGGACUCAUUGAGUGCAAUGACGCCGUGUGCAGUGUGACCUGCACCACAGACUUCAUCUCCAAGCUGAACUGCUCUAAUUCUGACUCGGCAGAAACGGCUUCGUGUGAUAUUGUGGCAGAUUGCAGGGAUGAAUUUUCUGCUGUAAAUGGGACCUGCAGAAUCAAAUCGCCACAAUCCUGGUGCACAAUGGAACCAGAGGAUCUGGAUGAUGUAAUAUCCUAUGAUACCAACUGCUCUAUCAUAGUAACACAAAUGGCCAAACAAGGCAAUAUGGAGACCCCGACAAGGCGUCACUCUGAAAAUUUUGUUUUAUACAAAUCUAUUAAGCUAAUGCAACCUUUCAACCUAAGCAUUGCAAAAAUUGAUGGGGGUUUCAACCUCACUUGGGAUGUGGCUUAUGAAGACCACUAUCUGUAUAAAAAAUUAUACUAUGGAGUACGAUUACGAACUAAAAGUGACCCGGAUGAGAAGGGGCAAAUUUACACUACGCAGCAGAACCGACAAUCCAUGAUUAUCAUCAGUGAAAAACUCCUGCCAGGGAGGCAAUAUGUGGCAGACAUUCAGGUCGCUGUAAAUCCGGGGUGGUUUACAUCCAUGUGGAGUGAAUGGAGCAACAGUGUUGAAUGGACAUCUGACUCUCCAGAGACCGAUCAGUACUAUUUCCUGCUGCUGGCACUUCCUGUUGUGGCGGUGGUGCUGCUGGUGUACAGUGGGAAACUAGGGGGCAUCAAAAAGCCGACCAUGUGGCAGCACAUCCCAAGCCCGCAUGAGUAUUUCAAACCGCUCUACCAUAUACAUCAAGGAGACUUUAAGAGGUGGGUCGGACCAGUCCUGACGUUCAAUAACUUCGAUUUCCAAGAGAAGAGCACCUCUUUGCAGGUGCUUUGUGAGAACCAGCAGAAUGACAGCUCAGAAGAACCUAGUAACAGCGGGAACGGUGAGCGGGACUUUGGUCUUGCGGUUCAAAACUCAUCGAAACUCUACUUCCUUGGUGGCAGCAGUAACAGCGUCGCACACUCCGGCGGACACAUAUCGAUGGACACCGUUACAGUGUCUGGUCAGGAGGGCGUCGUGGCCGACUGGUCCAGUGACAGUCACAGACGGAGCCUAGAGGACUUCCUCGAUGGCAAAGACACCGAUCAGAGAGCGGCUGAGAUCGCAGACAGACAGCCUCUUGUACCUGAAGGCAGCGGGAGUUUACAGGGUUUAGACUGUGAUGACUGGCAUCUACAGGAGCACGACCUGGAGAACAUUGAACAGAACUCGCUGGACUCUUACGGUUCCAAUGAGGAGUCUGAUGACGGUUACCCACAAAUGGGAUUGGAUUUAGACACCAUAGACAGUGGAUUUCUGGAGUCAGACUGUUCAAGCCCGUCGGCUUUUGAUGGGAACGAGCAGAUAGAGACUGAUUCACUGGAUGGCGUGGGAGGCUCCCAUUCAAAUUAUGUCAAACAGUGGGUGGCUUUUACAGCAGUUCAAGUUGAUGCCCACAGCACUGGAAAGUAGCUGUUCAUGGGAGUUCCUAUUACUACAUCGAAGUGAAUCAACCGCAACUGAAUAAUAAACAGGAGAUUGCGGAAGCGUCUAUAU